AUGUGGGACACCUGCUGUGACCAAUCCACCAAAGUCCAAAGUUACGAGACAGGUUCAGUGUCCUUCAGUUGUCAGUAUCAGUACGAGGAAACCUUGAAGUACAUCUGCAGAGGAAACCAGCCCUCCACAUGUCUGCAGCAGGCUGUAGUCACCUCUGACAGGCAACAAAACGGACAGUUCAGACUUACUGAUGACAAGGAGUCGAGAAAAUUCACAGUGACGAUUACCAAUUUGACCCAGAGGGAUUCUGGGUCAUACCUUUGUGGUGUCCAUAGACACGCUGGCCUGGAUGUUUUUUCUGCUGUUGAACUGGAAGUCAAAGAGUGGUGCUGUGUAAAGACAAGUAAACUGAGCGGCACCGUGGGCCGUCAAGUUAAUAUGCAGUGUCCCUACCCACCACAACACAGAGAUAACAGGAAGUUCCUCUGUAAGGGAGACCAACGCAACAACUGUGCAGACAUGGUGACGAAUGGAAGCAGGUUCACACUGCAAGAUGACGUCGCUUCAAGUUCUUUCUUGGUGAUUAUCACAGAGCUGAAAGCAGGUGAUGCUGGGACAUACUGGUGUGGUUCGGACUCACAGUGGAGUGCUAAUAACUACACCAAGAUUCAACUGUCAGUAGUCUUAGAGACCAGCACUGUGGCGGAACAUGGCAGAUCACAAACUACAGACACCCCAGGAAACCACAUCAAGGAUGCAGCACUCUUUCACCCUGUGGUCUUCAUUGUGCCACCUGUUCUCAUACUGAUGAUUAUCCUUGGUAUAGUUUAUAGAUGCAAAUGUCACAAAGUGACAAGAGCUGAAGUUAACAUGGACAGAAACAGAACCAAGUCAGCAGAAGAAGAGGAAGAUGUUUAUGAAAAUGAUUUCGUCGCAUGUUCAAAGCAGUCGACCUCUAAACUACAGAACUCCUACAAUCUCAAUGAUGUUGCAGGUCAAGAUCCACAAGACUCUGAGACUCUCUCCCAAACAGAAGAUAUUUACUGUAAUCAAAUUUACAUUCAAGGCAAGAGGUGAACAGAAUGCACAUCUGUGAUACAACCUUACAUUUUUAGGUAACUUGUACCCAAAUGAUCUUGUUUCUGUCCUGUUUUCGUCUCAGUUAACAGCUGACCAACACAUAUUCAUGUACCACUGAUGCAUAACCUUUUCAUUGUUUGACUAAAAUCUGCAUGUUAAAUUAUUUGACAUGCUUUUACUUUUACACUCAUUGCUUAUUGAUAGUUUAAGAAACUGUUUAACUCGCCUACACUCUUCGGAUGAAAUUGUGGAUAACCAUUUUAGCAUUUUAUUUAACCAUUUUAAGAAUAACAUGUAUAUGUAACCUAUAACCAAUAAAUAAACAAAGCCAA